AUGAAGCAGACGACAGAUGACAUUGUGUCUUCGGCAGAGUGUUCUAGUGAUGACGAGGACCUGGAGGAGUGUGACUCUGGCCGUGCAGGUGGGCUAGGUUAGUUUACCUCUGCUUGCUCUCACACUGCUCUAUCUCUCACUCCAUUCACACCUGAGGAUCAAGCACUGCAUCCUAUAAGCAUCACAGCCCCAUGGGACACACAAAGUGUAACUUUCAAAGAUAAAAACCCAAUGUUGUGAAAUAGAACGAAAUAGAACAAAUGAUGGCAAGACUGGAGAUUUGUUCUGUUAAGAUCUGACUAAAUGACAUAAAACAUAAUACGUACCAAAGUGGAAAAUUGUGAAAUCUGUCAUGGACUAUUCACAUUAUAAAAUAAUGAUGUUGCUUUCAGAAACUCUAUAAAACGUAUUAGUUUGAUGAGUUACACUUGCCCAUGGGGUCCUCUGAAGGGGUUAACAUGGUCACCAAAACACAUACAAAAGUUGUCCUUUCUGCAUUGAAUGAGAGAGAAAAAUUAAGACUUUAAUAUUAAGACACAAAGUUAGUAUGGAGAUGUGCCAUGUUCGCUGCGUUGAUGCUUCAAAAUGUAUCAUACCGUGUUUGAGUCCAGUGCACUUUCCAUGUGGUACUGUCCUGACUUGCAUUUUGACUCAUGAUACAUUUUGAGAUUCUCUUCUUAAAGAUUUGCUUUCAGUGAAAUUAAUGUGUGAUAUCUAGCAGGAAUUAAAGUACUUGCUCAUUUAUGUGUGUUUGUUUUUUAUUUGAAAUGUUUCCAUAUAUAGGGGCUUGCAUUAUAAAACAUUUAAUAGAGAACAGAUAUCAUCGUAUUUCUGUGUACAAGGUAGUUUUUGUGUGUUUUUUUUUUUUUUGCUUCAAGGUGAACAUGUUAUCAUGCUGUCUUUUUCCAACCCAAAUAUGAAAAAUACAAUAUUGAGCUAACUUGGAAGUUCCAAAACAUAUUCCUCUGAGCUUUUUGAGAGAACUUGGGAAUUGCCUUAUCUUGUUUGGAUAAAAUCUGAAAAGCCAGCUCUCUGUCACGGAAUUGUGUCUACCAAAACACCAAUAUGGAAUUGUGUGUACCAAAACACCAAUAUGGAACUGUGGAUACCAAAACACAAAUUUGAACCUGAAAUGUUUACUUCCCAAACAAGAAAUGAAAACUUUGAAGCACGUUUUGACAUUCUAUAUCAGUACACUACAGAUAUAAGCCAGUUAGUCCAUCAACAUGUUCUAAUAGCUUCAGUUAUUUACAUGAAUGACUCAAACUGGUUUUGAUUUUAUUGGCUGUUUAAUAUGGCAGGGACACCCACCUAAGGUCCUGGCUGUUUAGUAUGGCAGGGACACCCGCCUAAGGUCCUGGCUGUUUAGUAUGGCAGGGACACCCACCUAAGGUCCUGGCUGUUUAGUAUGGCAGGAACACCCACCUAAGGUGCUGUAUAAAUGCUUUUAUUUGUGGCUCUAAAUGAGGCCAAUAAGAAGUCAAAUGCCUUAAUGUAUCUCAGGUACGACUGAGAGACGGUUCACGCUGCUCAGCCCAAGGUGUUAUCAGAACUACCUGAUCAUCGUCCUCUGAAAGGUCAAUCCCAAUUCCUCCCAAAGUUCCUGGGAGAGAUAGCAGUGAAAAAGAACCCAAGUCUUAUCUGUACUGUAGCCCUCUGAGCUCUCCAGGUCUCUGAAGACCGAUAUCGUCAGGGCCCCAGUCAUCCAAUCACAUGUUUACACAGAAAUUCACACCAUUCUAACCCCGACAUCAGUUGACGUGGACAGCUGCAUGCUACGUGGUCUCGAUAUUUAUUUUCCGUUUGGGGUCAUCGUCGUCAUUGUGGUUUUUUUUUGUGUGUGAAGCAUGUGGGGGGGGGGGUUAUUUAAUUUUUAAUACGUUCAUUUGCCGUUUUGUAUGUGCAGGUCUCUCUUGUAUGUGCAGGUCUCUCUUGUAUGUGCAGGUCUCUCUUGCCUUCUGGUUUGAGUUUGUUUUGUUUUUUGAGUCGUUGUCUUCAUCUAUCUGCUAAUUAUCUGAAGUACGACAUGCCUGUUGUCUGGCCUCAUCAUGUGCAGCAUGAAUUUUAGAGCCUUUGUGCCAUGAGGCUUUUUAGAGAAAACAUUCCCAUUUUUUUGAUUAUCAAAGCAAAUAUAAAAGGCAACAAAAUAUUUUCUUGCCAUCAACUUUUUGGGCCUCAAGCAGGCAACCAUAAUGUCUAACUGAAGAAAGUUGUGAAUGAAGAAUGAUAUCUUCCUCGCCUCCUCCUCCCUCCCCCCUCCCUCUCCUCCUCCCUCCCCCCUCCCUCCCUCACCAAGCCAUUCUGCAUUUAAAUUGAUUUCAAUGCAGAUGACAUAACAAGUAUUUUAUUGCCACAAAAGUAUAUAUGCUUUCCUCUUUUGAGUUGCAGUCAUUUUGUGGCAUGCAUUAACAGUAGUGGCUAACUCAAAUUCAACCCAUCCUCUUCCGGGUCAUCUCUCGGUCACCUCCAUCCCUUCAAAGCAUGGACUCUGAUUGGCUCCAUCGUGUGUGUCUGACCAUUCACCCCAUAACCCUGCAUUUAGACUAACUGGGCUGGUUUGUCUUCUGGUCACUUUGAGUUCCGCACCUAUCUUUACGGUCGUAGCGACAUUGCCUGUUGCGACAUCGUUUCUCUCUCUCUGUCCUGCACUCGUCUGUGUUUUUGUCUGUCUCUCUGUCCGUUUGUCUGUGUUUCUGUCUUGAGGCGUCGUCAUGUGACUCUGUUCUCUGUUUGUAAAACUGUUUUGUAUUCCCCCUUUCCCUUUAAAGGAAUUCCAUAAGACAGAUAACACUGGUGAUAAUAAUUAUAUACAUUUUAAACUACAAACAUAAAUUGUAUUAAUUUAUAGGAUAUUAAAUACCAUCACACUCUAUACCUACUAUUCCAAUGAUAACUUCACGGUAGUGUUAAUUUCCAGUACACUCUACAUUGUCACGCGACGUGCAUGCGGUCAGCGAAGUCAAACGCAGGACACAGAGCGGCUGGCAACGUACUUUACUGAACGUACAAAACAACAAACCUCCAAAACAGGGAGGAAAACACAAAGACUCGUAACACAAAGCAACUGCCGGAAUGACAAAGAACAAUCACACACACAAUAACCAAUGAGAGACAGGGGUUAAUAUAGGGAAUACAAUCCAACAUAAUGGGAAACAGGUGUAAACAAUAAAGACCAGACAAACACCGAAACCUCGAUCGGCAGCAGCUAGUACUCCGGGGACGACGAACGCCGAAGCCUGCCCGAGCAAGGUGGAGGAGCAGCCUCGGCUGAAUCCGUGACAUACAUACCAACUCAAUCACCAAAGAAAAUGCAGUCCCAGUGCAGAACUGCAGCAACAGAGAUAUGCACUGUGGGGCCGUAUUAAUUAUGCACUUUGGGGUCAUAUGUGGUGCUGUCUGUAGAUUAUACACUCUGUGGCCAUUUAAAUUACGGAAUAUUUUGGCAUAUGUUAGAUAUCAGUCAAACUGUGCAAAAGUGAAACCGAAACUCAACUUGACGGUUAAGAAAAGGCAUUCAUUCUGAGUGGUUAAGAUAAGGGUUAAGGUUUGGGAUAAAAAAAAUAAAAAAAUAACAAAACGGGUUCAAUCGUCUCUCCGAUGGUUACAACAACUAUGUGUUUCACUCUUAAGACAAUAAAUUGUAAUUAUCACAUAGAAAAGUGCAAACUCUCUCCAGAGAGUGUAUUAGCUAUGUGACUCGUCCAUCUGUCAACAUAUCUAAAGGUUCCCUUUCAGUCAGUCAACUUCUGUACAACAUACUAUGGGGAGUCGCACUCUCGCGACUUCUGUUGAAGUAUCUACAAUGACGCCUGACGAGGCCAAUGAAAUCCCCGCCUCGCUAGAAACCCCGCCUUCCACAGGUGAUAAGCUUGAGGCUCGGAUUCAUUCCUUCAGUUAUUCCACUUCUUCACCUCGGUGUGAACGGGAACGAUUCAGGCUACUCAAACAAUCAAUUGGAAAACAAGGCUGUCUUACGUUCCGCUAACUAAACUGUCCCACAGUGGUAGCGCGUGUUCACCCCUUGGACGUUGUGUGUUGAAGUUGGUACUUAUUCUUAUAUACGUCUCCUAAUCAUGAACAAUGAGAAAAUUCUUCAAUUUGCUGGUGCAAUAAGUAAAAUGGCUAACCCAUAAGAGUCCGAGCCCUGUCUAAGCCGGUGGAAGGGGUUCUGAGAGCUUUAAGAAAGAUCCGGAAAUGUAUCCCCUUUUUUUGGCACUAAACAGUCUAAGCCCUGUCUAAGCCAGGGGUAGGGGGUUCUACUAAGCUAUAUGGAAUUGUUUUAAGAAGAUCACACCAAGGAUUAUUUUGCUAUUUGAUUUGGAUUUUUAAUAAACCUUGAAGUAUAUAAAGAAAAUAUAAAGCAAUUAUUUGAUAAAAAAUCUUAUUUGGUCUUACUGCUAUUAGCGCAUAAUAAUACAUUGAAUAACAGAUUCACUACAUGGAACAGGCCUGUGGGAAUCCUAGAGCAAAACACAAACACAUGUACAGUCGUGGUCAAAAGUCUUGAGAAUGAUACAAAUACUAAUUUUCACAAAGUCUGCUGCCUCAGUUUUGGUGAUGGCAAUUUGCAUAUACUCCAGAAUGUCAUGAAGAGUGAUCAGAUGAAUUGCAAUUAAUUGCAAAGUCCCUCUUUGCCAUGAAAAUGAACUUAAUCCCAAAAAGACAUUUCCACUGCAUUUCAGCCCUGCCACAAAAGGACCAGCUGACAUCAUGUCAGUGAUUCUCUCGUUAACACAGGUGAGAGUGUUGACAAGGACAAGGCUGGAGAUCACUCUGUCAUGCUGAUUGAGUUCGAAUAACAGACUGGAAGCUUUAAACAGAGGGUGGUGCUUGAAAUCAUUGUUCUUCCUCUGUUAACCAUGGUUACCUGCAUGAAAACACGUGCCGUCAUCAUUGCUUUGCACAAAAAGGGCUUCACAGGCAAGUAAGAUUGCACCUAAAUCAACCAUUUAUCGGAUCAUCAAGAACUUCAAGGAGAGAGUUUCAAUUGUUGUGAAGAAGGCGUCAGGGCGCCCAAGAAAGUCCAGCACGCGCCAGGACCGUCUCCUAAAGUUGAUUCAGCUGCGGGAUCGGGGCACCACCAUUGAACGUAACGUUAUGACUGAAAGGGAACGUAACGUUAUGACUAUAACUACUGUUCCCUGAAGGAGGGAAACGAGGUACAACACCUGUUUGGCCCCGCACUGCCCGUUCCCGGUCUUGUUGAAGAGCAGUAUUCAACUGAAGGAAUGAGUCCGAGCCUCAUGCUUAUCACUUGUGGAAGGCGGGGCUUCCAGCGACGUGCGGAUUUCAUUGGCCUUGUCAGGCGUCAUUGUAGAUCCUUCAACCGAAGUCACGAGAGUGCGACACCCCAUAGUAUGUUGUACCUCAUUUCCCUCCUUCAGGGAACAGUAGUUACAGUCAUAGCGUUAUGUUUUUAGUUGUCCGUCUAUAAUUAGUGCUUCAGACUAGUCUCACCAGCAGGACUAAGGGCUGAUCUAAGGAAAGUCUCUAUCUUAUUAAAUAUUCAUAUUUUUAGUAUUGUUAUUAUCUUCCCACCAAUCAUGAUAUAUUCUACAGUAAUACUUACAAAAGCAGCCAGUUAUUAUAAGCCUACUUCCCCUAUAUUGUGCGAUUAUUCAUUGUCAUAUUAUGUGUGGCUGACUUUGAACCUGGGUGGUCUACGCACCGAAAUACUUUGUUUGCCCGCUGAGCCAAAGCCUCCACAAUAGUGGACCGACAGAAGUCACACUGCUGAACACGCUGCUGUCAGAAAAAAUGAGAGGAUAUGUGAGGACAGAGGAUUUAACGCCCAGCCGCUAAACUGUAGCAAUUAAAGAUAGCGUUUGACAAGGAAUGUAGCACUGCUUAUGGCUAGGACAUCAGUCUUAAAGUAAACUGUCAUUUGCCACCGGCAUUCGAAUGAACAACGUUUUCACAACUCUAAACUACGCCAGCAAUGUUGUCAGUGUUAACGAAGCUGCCAACACAGAAUUUAACUGUGUUGCUUAAAAAAUUACCUGAGUUUGUUUUUUGUUUGAAGACAGACAGAAUGUUGAUGAGUUACUUUAGACUUCUGAAAAGACCAUAGACAGAAAGUUAAUUAGACAGCCUUAAAGCAAACUCUGGCCUGAAUCUUACCUUGAGAUAUAACAUGGAUUUCUUGAGAUGUGGGUGCAUUAUUAAAUGUAUAACUCAAUGCCGAUCCUCCCUUCGGCAUCAAUGCAUGAUUUGCCUCCUAGUUUAUCAGACACAGCCAGGAUACAACAAACACUGAGUGUACAAAACAUUAGGAACACUCUGCUCUUUCCAUGACAUAGACUGACCAGGUGAAUCCAGGUGAAAGCUAUGAUCCCUUAUUGAUGUAAAUGGUUAAAUCCACUUCAAUCAGUGUAGAUGAAGGGGAGGAGAAAGGUUAAAGAAGGACUUUUAAGCCUUGAGACAAUUGAGACAUAGAUUGUGUAUGUGUGCCAUUCAGAGAGUGAACGGGCAGGACAAAAUAAAACCACUGCCAUUUUCAUCAAACCCUCUACUUAUAAACUUCAAAUAACCAGUCUUCAUGAGAUUUCCAUAGCCUCUGAUUCCUUAUACGUUAUACUCGAAGGUAAGUAGACAUUAUUAGCAUAGUCUUUGUAUAAGAUUGAAGAAAAAAACCGGUGAAACCUGAAUCCAAUGUGUAAAACAUACAGUGGAAUUUAUGUUUUUGAACCUCACAAUGAUCGUUUUGAUUCUUCAGAGCCAGUCACUGUAUCAGCAUUCUGUUUGUAGUGAGUGGAUCAAGCGUGUUAUGGGCAGCCGUGUCUUAACGCCUGUUUCAAUUAUCCUCUAUAUGGCUGUCCAGCCCCAGGUUAGGGCUAGGGCUAGAGUUGGUAGAUAGUUAGUUGAAAUGUUACUGAUAGUCUGUAGAUAGUCUGUAGAUAAAUAAAGUGUUACCCAGACAGGUAGUAAAUCCCUGGUGAAAGACCUGGAGCAGAGGACACGCUUCUCUGGCCACGGCCUCGCUCACAGAGGUGUUAGUGAGGUGGAUCAGGACUCCUCUGCUUGGGGUUGCAGUAGUUCUACAUCUGUUAGGCACGGAGAUGAACCCUCAACUCUCAGAUUGCAGUCAGUGAAGACCAGACUAUCAUGUGUCAUUAUAAAUCAGGAAGCAUACUUAUUUAUCCCCAAAAUAUGGCAUUAUGAUGGAUCGCUUCCAACAUAUGCUUUUCUAUAUGUUUCUCCUCCCAAGUAGAAUAUCAACACUCCCAGCUUUCUGUAGCGUUUCUCUGCACCACCCAAGAGAAGCAAGCAAUUCAAAACCAGCUUUACUGUUAUGGACAUGGUGCGAAUUACGGGGGAGCCAGGGGGGGGGGGCUCAGCUCCCCUGAAUGAGACUUUUAGCUCCCCUAAAUGCAACAAAAGUCAAACUUUGGGGAGUCUCUAACUAAUGCUAAUUUAACCAUUCUCCUAUUUGUUUAAAAUGCAGUGGUAAAUAUGUUUUACAGUGGUAAAUGUGAAAAUAAAAUCUUCCAAUGAAACAAACACCCCCAUCUCUCUGUCAUGGUUUAAACCAUGUAUUUCUAUGUGGCUUCGCUGUCCAUCCAGUAGUGCUGGAUUUCGGCCUCAGGUCCUUUACACAGAACACUUCCUCAUUUUCACCAUUUAUUUUGCAUUUGCAUUAGAUUUAUCCGUUGAUUUGUCACUGUUUGCUUUUGUCAGUCAGCUUUUUUUUUUUUUCAGGUGCACGCUGGUACUGGUGUUCUCUGUGCCGUCCGUGACCAGAAGUAGUAGACCAUUUAUUUAGCUUUAUUAUUUUCUAUCAAUAUUUGUUUUCUUUCCUGGAUCAGCUGAUGAUGGUCGACAAUAUCACUAGACAACUAGCCUAGAGCUGGGCACCAGUGCGGAGGAGUAUUUCUGUCUGUAAUAAAGCCCUUUUGUGGGGAAAAAAACUCAUUCUGAUUGGCUGGGCCUGGCUCCCAAGUGGGUGGACCUAUGCCCUCCCAGGCCCACCCAUGGCUGUGCUCCUGCCCAUUCAUGUGAAAUCCAUAGAUUAGGGCCUAAUGAAUUUAUUUGAAUUGACUGAUUUCCUCAUAUGAACUGUAAUUCAGCAAAAUCUUUAAAAUUGUUGCAUGUUGCGUUUAUAUUUUUGUUCAGUAUAUUUUGGAUUUGUGUGCUCAUGAGAAUUGUUUUCAUGGCAAAACAUUAUGAAAUGUUACCUACACUCUAAAAAGAAAAGUUUCCUGGAGUAUCCUUUAGGGAUUCUUCAAAUUGAAACUGUGGGGACCCCUACAAGUUCUUCAAAGAACCCCUUUUAAUGGAUCCUCAAAUAAACUUUUGAAGAACCUUUUGGGGUUAAUUUUUGAACUACCCCCCUCACCUGUUAUUAUUAUUAUUAUGAUUAAACACCAAAACGUAAAAAUAUCACUAGAGUUUACCCACUUAUUUUUUUUUUUGCACUACAUUCACUGGAUACAGGUAGGCCUAUUUGAAGUUCAUGGUAAUACAUAUUGUAGCCUAGUCUAGUAAGAUGACCGUGUGUGUUAGGGUGACCAUCCUGUUUUUCCAGGGACACUUUCAGCCCUAUUUCAGGUGUCCUGACUUUUCAGCCUACAAAAAAAGGUACAUUUGUUGGCAAGACACAUCAAUUAAUAUAGGCCUAAUCAAUGACAAUCGCUGAAUGUCAUUUUUACGUUUUGGUGUUUUGUAACAGAUGUUUAUUUCCAUUCAUCAAAUGGCGCAAGUAUACAUGGUGUAAUUCGCACUCCUCGACUGUCCGCAGUACUGUCUGUCAGUGUCCUCUGGCUCCUCCACUGUCCGCAGUACUGUCUGUCAGUGUCCUCUGGCUCCUCCACUGUCCGCAGUACUGUCUGUCAGUGUCCUCUGGCUCCUCCACUGUCCGCAGUGCUGUCUGUCAGUGUCCUCUGGCUCCUCCACUGUCCACAGUGCUGUCUGUUUUUACAAGAUAAGAGCGCCUGUAUCUGUCUUCCGAGUGCUUCUCAGACAUUCGCUAGCUGCUAUCUCUCUCAGGGAAGGGUUGUUUGACCCUCAUGCCAAUAUUAAUGUUUCGUUUGACAUUACACACUUUUAUGAUGCGAUGAUUUGCAUCCACAAUAAUUAUAUCUCGCUGUACACACCUCUGUAGCUGAAUGACAUUGACAUGAUGAAAAUGGGUCAGAACGCCUUCGAAAAUGAAGUUAAGCUCCUGGUGAAAUUACAGAUAAUUAAAUAAAACGGUCUUAUUAGUGAGAUCAUCAGUUUAAAGUGCUUAUCAGAUACAUUCAGUUUGCAUAUAACUUCAGAAAAAAUACAACAAAUAGUUUUAUACCCUCUUGUGGAAUUCCUCUGUCUAUUGCUGUCUAGCUGUGAAACUAAAGGCUGUGGGAAUCAAAAAUCAGUAGAAUACAUCAUUAUGGGUCAAUUUCAUUCUUAUUCUCCUACAGCCAUUGGUUGAACUGCCCCCUGUACUUCUCUAACAACUCAACCGUUGAUGUCUUACUUUACCUGACACCGGCAUGACGUUUAUUCUUUUUUUGGACUUUCCCUAAAUGCAACUUACUUUAAGCAUGCAUCAACGUCUUGCAGUACAACCAAAAAAAGAUUAACCCAUUAUCAGCCAGUGUGUUCUUCUCUCUGACCUACACCCAGACUGCACGCCGGGUCCAUGUCUUAAGACUAGCGUAAACAGAUCUAUUUGUCAUCCAAUACCAAUGACAGAGGGAAAGUCGUCACCUGACUGCUCCUCUCGACUGUCUGUUUUACAGCCUCUGGUUGUAGUGUGUGCAAAUUGAAGUGGCUUUGUUCUCUCAUUUUAUAUGGACAUUUAUAUUUUGAUAGUUUAUCCGUACUUAUUUUUGUAUCGAUACAUUCAAAUUGAUAAAUGACAUUUUUAUUAUAUAUAUAUGAUUUUUUUGGGAUUACUUCGUUUACUUUACUACUGUGGUUUGGUAAACAUUAGUUUUGACCACUUUGAAUCAGAUGUGAAUAUUUGGAAUCACGGUUUUUAUCAUUUUUAUAGAAUCAUUUAAAUGUUUAUCUUAUUUUGGGGGAUUUGGAACUAUUUCAGCGAAUGGACUGUGUGUUUUAGAUCACUGCUAAUAAUCUAAAGACACACACACAAAAAAAUCCCAAACAUAUAGUUAUCCUCCAUUUUGUCAAAACCAGUCCAUUAAAGUUGACAAAAUAUUUGGUGAAGCGGUUCCAGAUCCAUUUGAUAUCUUCCUUGGGUUUUCAGAUUUUUGAGAGCUAUUUUGAUAAACAACUUUUUUUAUUGAAUGAUUGAUUGAGUACGUAUAAACCAAAAUUGCAUGGCUAAGAAGUUGCAGUUUAGGGUUUGUCAGACUGUCAGUGUUUAAUAGAGUUAAGUUCUUCUCUGUAGAUGGGCAUGUAUAUGCUCACUGUUUGUAUGUCCCCGUCCCUUCCUUACAGCCAAAAGCUCUAAUGCCGCCCGACUGCUUCGUACUGCCUUUACAUGGACAUGGCAACUGACUUACACUAUCACCCUCAUCACCCUCAUCUCCUCUGUAGUAUGUUAAUAGGCCCCUCCCCUUUUUACACUCCCCUCCCCCUCUUUAGCGAUGUUAAAAUAUGGACAGUCAUCCAUCCAUUCUAAACUAAAGAAGAAAUACAAACUAAGCAAAAACUUUAAAUUAAUAGAAAGUAGAUAUUUAUUGAGAAGCCAAAAGCGAAAACGUAUAGAUGUACAGUUCAUUGUAAAAACUGGAUUAUUUAUCGAAGAAAAAAUUAUAAUUAUGGUGACGUUUAUUUUUCAUGUUAUGUGGUGUGGAUGUAAGUGUUGUUCCCUCCCUGCACCAUCAUGUCUAAAGAAAAAUUAAACAAGACGUCCAAUUGCUGAUUUUUGAUCUAUACAAAACUAUACUUAACCAAGAACAUUCUCACACAACUUUCUUUUGUAAACUUUUUUUCUUCAUGCCAAAAUCAUGCGGUGAUUGUUGAUGUAAGUUGACAAAGACUAUGUGGUUUCUUCCUUGAAUAAUGUUUUAGUUGGCUGAUGUUUAUAACUGACUUGUCUUUUUUUUACGUUUGCUUUGUACAACAUGUAGCUAAUCUUAAUUUAUUAGAUCCAACUGUUCUCCUAGUUUGUCUAACAUAGUGCUGUUUGUCGUAACUUGUGAGUGAUAAACUAUUAACGUGUUUUGCCUUGAUUUUAAUUUAAAUGUUUUAUCAUUUGAAAUUUGCAUCAAUUUGUAGUGCUUAGUGAUUAGAUAGUCUUGGUAGUGUACUGUAUACACAAACCUUGAUGGCAGUGGGAUUUGGCAGCUGCAAUGACAACCUGAAUGUUCACCAUAUCCCUAUGAGAACAGACCAUAUCUACACUCUCCUUUUAACGCUACACCAAACUCAGCAUGUGAUGGGAUACUACUAUAUUUUUCUCAUUUUAAUCCUUUAGAAAACUAUCGGGAUUAGUUACCUCAUACGGUAUGUUGGCCUCCACACACACACAAACACACACACACACACACACACACACACACACACACACACACACACACAUCAAUGCACAUUCUUCAUCGCCAUCUUCCUCUAAAAUUAACCAUUCUCCCUCAUGUGGGGACAACAUGUGUGGAUUUGCAAGUCUAAUUUCAACCUAUUGGUUCCCAGUGCAGCCCUAAGAGAGAGAGAGAGAGAGAGAGAGAGAGAGAGAGAGAGAGAGAGAGAGAGAGAGAGAGAGAGAGAGAGAGAGAGAGAGAGAGAGAGAGAGAGAGAGAGAGAGAGAGAGAGAGAGAGAUAUUCUAUCAGAUGUAGUAGUGUACAAUCAGUGUCAAUUAGAAAUCAUCAUUGACAGAUUUUUCUCUUUUAAUCCGCUGGAUAGUCAUUUGUUUAUAUUCACUGAUUACUUACAGUUAAUUAGUGGGCAUAUGAAAGGACCUUUUGUUUGUUAAUUAUUCAAUAUAGAUACAAGGCAUUUGUUGACUUUUCAGAAACGAAAAGGUGCUAUUGAACGCUAUUGAACCAUUAUUUAAUUUAAAGUGCAGGCUAAAUGAUUUUGGUAUCAUUUUCACUAAAGGCCUCCUUUGCUGGGCUGAAAAAAGGAAUUGAAUUGAAUAACCGGCUCUUGAAUUUAAUUGCGCAAAUAUAACUUGAUUAUGAAAGUCUCCAGUGAUUCAUGCUACCAUACAUCACACUGUGAGUUGAUCACAUGGUUACCUCGCAAAUACACACAGAUACUCACAGAGGUUUAUGAUACAGACACCCCUCAAGAAUGUACGACACCACUCCCAGAAUUGAUUACCGAAACCCCUCCAGAAUGAUACCAGACACCCCAUCCAGAAUGAUACAGCCACCGCCUCCAGAAAAUGAUACAGAAACCCUCCGAAGAUACAGACCACCCCCCAGACUGAACACAACACCCCUCCAGAAUGAUUACAGAAACCCCCAUCCAGAAUGUUACCAGACACCCGCCUCCAGGAAUGAUACAGAAAAACCCCCUCCAGAAUGAUCCAGCCACCCCCUCCAGAAUGAUACAGGACAAGCCCCCUCCAGAAUGAUACAGAAACCCCUCCAGAAUUGAUACAGAACCCCCCUCCAUAAUGAUACAGAUACCCCCUCCAGAAUGAUACAGAAACCCCCUCCAAUGUACAGAAAACCCCCUCCAGAAUGAUACAGAAAACCCCCUCCAGACAUGAUCCAGAAACCCCCUCCAGAAUGAUCCAGAAAACCCCCUCCAGAAUGAUACAGAAAACCCCCCUCCAGAAUGAUACUGACAACCCGCCUCCAGAAUGAUACAGACACCCCCUCCAGAAUGAUACAGAAACCACCCCCUCCAGAAUGAUACAGACAUCCCCCUCCAGAAUGAUAGCGAACUGCCUACCAGAAUGAUACAGACACCCCCCUCCAGAUGAUACAGACACUGCCUCCAUAAUGAUACAGACACCCCCUCCAGAAUGAUACAGACCCGCCUCCAGAAUUAUACAGGGACACUGCCUCCAGAAUGGAUACAGAAACCCCCUCCAGAAUGAUACAGACACUGCCUACAGAAUGAUACAGACCCCCCUCCAGAAUGAUACAGAAACCCCCUCAGAAUGAUACAGCACCCCCCUCCAGAAUGAUACAGAAACCCCCUCAGAAUGAUCGAAAACCCCUACAGAAUGAUACAGACACCCCCCUCCAUAAUGAUACAGACACUGCAUACAGAAGAUACAGACAACCCCCUCCAGAAUGAUACAGAAACCCCCUCCAGAAUGAUACAGACACCCCCUCCAGAUGAUACAGACACCCCCCUCCAGAAUGAUACAGAAACCCCCUCCAGAAUGAUACUAAAACACCCCUACAGAAUUGAUACAGACAACGCCUCCGAAUGAUACAGAAACCCCCUCCAGAAUGAUACAGAAACCCCCCUCCAGAAUGAUACAGAAACCCCCUCCAGAAUGAUACAGAAAACCCCCUCCAGAUGAUACGACACCGCCUCCAGAAUGAUACAGACACCCCCUCCAGAAUGAUACGAAGAAACCCCCUCCAGAAUGAUACAGACACCCCUCCAGAAUGAUAGACACUGCCUACAGAAUGAUCAGACACCCCCUCCAGAAUGAUACAGACACUGCCUCCAGAAAUGAUACAGACACCCCCCUCCAGAAUGAUACAGAUACCCCCUCCAGAAUGAUACAGACACCCCCCUCCCAGAAUGAUAGACACUGCCUACAGAAUGAUUACAGACACACCCUCCAGAAUGAUACCGACACUGCCUCCAGAAUGAUACAGAUACCCCCUCCAGAAUGAUACAGACACCCCCUCCAGAAUGAUACAGACACUGCCUCCAGAAUGAUACAGACACCCCCUCCAGAAUGAUACAGAAACCCCCUCCAGAAUGAUACAGACACCCCCUCCAGAAUGAUACAGACACCCCCCUCCAGAAUGAUACAGAAACCCCCUCCAGAAUGAUACGAAAACCCCUACAGAAUGAUACAGACACCCCCUCCAGAAUGAUACAGAAACCCCCUAAAGAAUGAUACAGACACCCCCUCCAGAAUGAUACAGACACUGCCUCCAGAAUGAUACAGCCACCCCCUCCAAAAUGAUACAGAAACCCCCUCCAGAAUGAUACAGAAACCCCCUCCAGAAUGAUACAGACACCCGCCUCCAGAAUGAUACAGACACCCCCUCCAGAAUGAUACAGAAACCCCCUCCAGAAUGAUACAGACACCCCCUCCAGAAUGAUACAGACACCCCCUCCAGAAUGAUACAGAAACCCCCUCCAGAAUGAUACGAAAACCCCUACAGAAUGAUACAGACACCCGCCUCCAGAAUGAUACAGAAAACCCCCUCCAGAAUGAUACAGACACCCCUCCAGAAUGAUACAGAAACCCCCUCCAGAAGGAUACAGAAACCCCCUCCAGAAUGAUACAGACACCGCCUCCAGAAGGAUACAGACACCCCUCCAGAAUGAUACAGAAACCCCCUCCAGAAUGAUACAGACAACCCCCUCCAGAAUGAUAGGACACGGCCUACAGAAUGAUACAGACACCCCCCUCCAGAAUGAUACCAGACACUGCCUCCAGAAUGAUACAGACACCCCCCUCCAGAAUGAUACAGAACCCCCCUCCAGAAUGAUACAGACACCCCCUCCAGAAUGAUAGACACUGCCUACAGAAUGAUACAGACACCCCCUCCAGAAUGAUACAGACACUGCCUCCAGAAUGAUACAGACACCCCUCCAGAAUUAUACAUACACCCCCUCCAGAAUGAUACGGGAACCUGCCUCCAGAAUGUUUACAGACCCCCCCUCCAGAAUGAUACAGAACCCCCUCCAAAUGAACAGACACCCCCUCCAAAUGAUACAGACACCCCCUCCAAAAGAUACAAAACCCCCUCCAGAAUGAUACGAAAACCCCUACAGAAUGAUCAGACAACCCCCUCCAGAAUGAUACAAAAACCCCCCUAAAGAAUGAUACAGCCACCCCCCCCCCAAAAUGAUCAGAAACCCCCUCCAGAAUGAACAGAAACCCCCUCCAGAAUAUACAGACAACCGCCUCCAGAAUGAAAACAGACAACCCCCUCCAGAAUGAUACAGAAAACCCCCUCGCAGAAUGAUACGGGACCCCCCCCUCCAAAUGAUACAGACCCCCCCUCCAGAAUGAUACAGAAACCCCUCCAGAAUGAUACGAAACCCCUACAGAAUGAUACAGACACCGCCUCCAGAUUGAUACAGAAACCCCCUCCAGAAUGAUACAGACACCCCCUCCAGAAUGAUACAGAAACCCCCUCCAGAAUGAUACAGAAACCCCCUCCAGAAUGAUACAGACACCGCCUCCAGAAUGAUACAGACACCCCCUCCAGAAUGAUACAGAAACCCCCUCCAGAAUGAUACAGACACCCCCUCCAGAAUGAUAGACACUGCCUACAGAAUGAUACAGACACCCCCUCCAGAAUGAUACAGACACUGCCUCCAGAAUGAUACAGACACCCCCUCCAGAAUGAUACAGAUACCCCCUCCAGAAUGAUACAGACACCCCCUCCAGAAUGAUAGACACUGCCUACAGAAUGAUACAGACACCCCCUCCAGAAUGAUACAGACACUGCCUCCAGAAUGAUACAGACACCCCCUCCAGAAUUAUACAGACACCCCCUCCAGAAUGAUACAGUCACUGCCUCCAAAAUUUAUACAACACCCCCUCCAGAAUGAUACAGAAACCCCCUCCAGAAUGAUACAAACACCCCCUCCAGAAUGAUCCAGACACCCCUCCAGAAUGAUACAAACCCCCCUCCAGAUGAAAAACGAAAACCCCUACAAGAAUGAUACAGACACCCCCUCCAGAAUGAUAAAAACCCCUAAAGAAUGAUACAGACCCCCCUCCAGAAUGAUACAGACACUGCCUCCAGAAUAUACAGCCACCCCCUCCAAAUGAUCCCGAAGCCCCCUCCGAAUUAUACAGAAACCCCCUCCAAAUGAUACAGACAACCGCCUCCAGAAUGAUCAGAAACACCCCCUCCAGAAUUAUACGAAACCCCCUCCAAAUGAUACAGAAAACCCCCCCCUCCAAAUGAUGACACUGCCUACAGAUGAUCCAGAAAACCCCCUUCAAAUAUACAGACACCCCCUCCGAAUGAUAAAAAGCCCACCCCCUCCAGAAUGUACAGACCGUACACCUCCAGAAUGAUACAGACCUGCCUACAGAAUGAUACAGACACCCCCUCCAGAAUGAUACAGGAAACCCCCUCCAGAAUGAUACAGACACAGCCACCAUAAUGAUACAGACAACCCCUCCAGAAUGAUACAGAAACCACCUCCAGAAUGAUACAGAAACCCCCCUCCAGAAUGAUACAGACACCCCCUCCAGAUGAUACAGACACCCCCUCCAGAAUGAUAGACACUGCCUACAGAAUGAUACAGACACCCCCUCCAGAAUGAUACAGACACUGCCUCCAGAAUGAUACAGACACCCCCUCCAGAAUGAUACAGAUACCCCCUCCAGAAUGAUGCAGACACUGCCUACAGAAUGAUACAGACACCCCCUCCAGAAUGAUACAGAAACCCCCUCCAGAAUGAUACAGACACCCCCUCCAGAAUGAUACAGACACCCCCUCCAGAAUGAUACAGACACCUCCUCCAGAAUGAUACAGAAAACCCCUCCAGAAUGAUACAAAAACCCCUACAGAAUGAUACAGACACCCCCUCCAGAAUGAUACAGAAACCCCCCUACAAAAUGAUACAGACACCCCCUCCAGAAUGAUACAGACACUCCCUCCAGAAUGAUACAGAAACCCCCUCCAGAAUGAUACAGAUACCGCCUACAGAAUGAUACAGACACACCCUCCAGAUUGAUAUAGACACCCUCUCCAGAUUGAUACAGACACUGCCUACAGAAUGAGACAGAAACCUCCUCCAGAAUGAUACAGACACCACCUCCAGAAUGAUACAGAAACCCCCUCCAGAAUGAUACAGAAACCCCCUCCAGAAUGAUACAGAAACCCCCUCCAGAAUGAGACAGAAACCCCCUCCAGAAUGAUAUAGACACCGCCUCCAGAAUGAUACAGAAACCCCCUCCAGAAUGAUACAGAAACCGGACACAAAUCACACAAGGGUACAUGAUACAUCCACAGAUACGUCAUCAGAGAGUGAACGUUCAGCUGUCAUUGGUCUGCCCUAUGAGACCCUGCCUUUAUGGAAGCUGUAUAGAGCCAUUCAAAAGGCGAGAGGCUGGGUCCGACUGGGGAGCCAGAUCCUUCCGUGGGGGUUACUGACACUGUAAGGUAAUCUAGCCAGUUGGGCCUUCUGUCCGUCACACAUAUCUUAUUGUAGAAUUAUAAAUAUAUCCGGGUUUAAGCCACUAUGCUGCUUGUUAUCCAUUUUCAAAUAGGGAUAUAGUUAUUAUCAGCUACAUGAUAACUUCAGUGUCAGAUGUGAGAGAAUAUGAUUUCAAAGGUAAAUACUACUAAAUCCACAUUAUGCUGGCUCUAUUGGUUAUGUAUUCUUAAGUGCUUUUUUUGAUUACACCUUAAUGUCUGGCUCACCCUCACACCCCCUGAAGCCUUUUGAACCUUUUCACUUUUGCAUUUGUUCUGUUUUCUGGCAUGUCUGUUCUUAUUUAAAGCUGUGUUAUGUAGGUACAGUGUAUGUACAUGUUUAUUUUGUUUAGUACAGUAUCGUGUUGUGCUUUUAUUGACCUCUUUUCCGUUUUGGGUGAAUGUGAUAGUUAGAUAGAUGUGUAUGGUUGCCAUUAAUAGCUAGAAAGAUGUGUAUGGUUGCCAUGACGUCCUUACUGCUCUCUAACAUGUUUUUUGUCUGUCUCUACCUCUAGGAGGUGAAUUAGUCAUCCCUGUACUCUUAGAGGACCAUUUAGUGCUGCCCCCCUACACCCCCUCCAUCCCCCUCCCAACCCUCCCAACCCUCCGCCCACCCCUGACCAUAAUUGAGACUACUAAAGAGUCCCUGUCCACGGCCACUGAGGCCGGCGUACCUUGCUUGUCGGACGGAGGCAGCGAUGAUUGUGAUGAUGAUGAUGAUGAUGAUGAUGAUGAUGGCUUGGUGAUAUCUGGGUAUGGCUCAGGGGAAGCUUUCGACUCUAACCUGCCUCCUUCUGAUGAUGAAGAGCUUUACACCACCUUCUCCUUGGUAACAGAUAAGACCUUGUCCACGUCGGCUUUUGAAGGUGGCUACAAAGCUCACCAGCCCAAGUGGGAAACAAAGGACUUUAGACCUGACAAACCGUCCUCAGACCGCGGUAGGACUACCACUACCGCCGCGCUGCCGCUAGCACCCGACCAGAGCCGCUACACCUCCACCGCAACCCUGCACCACGCGUCACCCGCCAAGCUUCCUGCCGGCAAAAUGAAUAACCGCGAGCUAAAACCCCAGCCAGACCUAGUGUUGCUCCCGUUGCCCACGCUGCCCUAUGAGGUAGACAGCACCAAGCAGAGGGCUCCUGUAAUAACCUCCCCCAUGUUCCGUAAUGUACCCACAGCCCUGCCCACCCAGCCCGGCGUCGACCGAGUCCCGGGACCCCCGGAAGUGUCCCGCCAGUCUAGCAGCACCAUCGGGAUGGUCGUCGGGAUAGUGGCGGCCGCCGCCCUGUGCAUCCUCAUCCUCCUGUACGCCAUGUAUAAGUACAGGAACAGGGACGAGGGCUCCUACCAGGUGGACGAGAGACGGAAUUACAUCACCAACUCGGCCACGCAGAGCAACGGAGCCGUCGUCAAGGACAAACAGCAGAGCUCGAAAGGCAUCAAAGGAAAACAGAAAAACAAAGACAAGGAGUAUUACGUUUGA